UUUCUCUUCCAAUACUGUCUUAUGAUUUUCUUUCUUUCUCCAUUUCCAUUCAUCGCUUGAUAACUCACUCACACUUCAUAAUUCCCCUCUUUCCCCAUUCUCACCUGUUUAACUCUCUCUCUCCCCUUCUUCUUUCGAAUUCUCUUUCUAUUUCUCUCUCACCGUUCAAAGUGAUUAGAACCUGUCUGGAUUACCUUAAUUUAAUGGUGAUCUUAUUUCAAGAGAGUGAGGGGAGAGAGAAAGAUCUAUCUUGUCUGAAAAACAUCCACAGAAAUGUACCUUUCUCCUCUCCAUUUUUGUUUAAAAAUCAGUGUCAACGUUAAGUAAUCUAUCUAAAGUUAUUCUACUCAACUGUCUCCUGUGUGAUAUUUGAACAAAUCAAUAGGCGAAUUCAUCAAUCAAUGUCGUACUAUUUGUUUCAAGUGUAUUUUUUCUUGUUUAAAAACUGUUUCUCUUAGAUAUAACUUUCUCUUUUAUUCAUUCUUCUUGUUCAGUUCAUCUGCUUUUAACUACCUUCCUCAUCUGUAUUCCUUUUCUCUCUACCCUCUUGUUAUAUUCUUAUUUUAACAAUUUCUUUUAAAAACUCGGAUAUUGCCAUCAACAUAAUUAACAACAAUAUUGGUCCUACCAGCCUUUACACUUUUUAGUCUGUUUUUGUCGUUUUGGUGAUGAAAAACUAUGUUUCCAUCCGGGCGCAGGUUAUCCAUGAAAAAUCAUCGGUCUCAGAUUCUCCCUCUCGCUCUUUAUCUCUGGCUUUUGGAGAUGACAAACACAACCAUAAGUCUAGUAAAUCAAUCUCUAGAGAUGUUACUGGCGAAAAGAAAAAAUCAAGUAAAAUGGCCAGUGUCAUUUCAUCGAAAGACAAAUCUUUACAUAGUCAACAAUCAUCCUCAAAUCAAGGGCAGUCUUCAUUGUCUUCAUCAUCAUCGACACAUCACACACAAAUUAGUAGCUUUCACGAAAAGAGUGUCAACUCAUCUGGCAAUAUACCUCUUCCUCCCUCAUCAUCAUCCUCGCAAUCAGUACAAGAUCCAUUUACCGAUUUAUUUGGUACCCCCAUAAAGACAAGGCCAUCUCCGGACUCCAUACAUUCUAAGUUAAAGGAUAACAGUGGAAGUGGCAGUGGAACUAGCAAAAGUGGCUUGAGUAGCCUCAAAGCCAGCUCUAAAAAGAUCUCAACUGAUAUUAAAUCGGUUUCUGGUUCAUCUACUAAAUCUCUGGAAAAAGAAAAGGAUAAGGAAAAGAAACAUAAGAUAACUCCAAAUGGUGGCAUAGUGAGUUCGAAGGAUAUCAAGAUCGAAAAAGAUGCCAAGCCAAGCAAAGAGAAAUCUUUGAAAAAGAGGGAUGAAAGUCCUAAAAUCAAAAAGGAAAAACUUAACAAACCCAAUUUUGAUGGAAGGCCAACGACUCCAAACUUAAGUGCCAGUUCCUCUAGCAAAAAGAGUACAAGCCUUCCAAAUGUGACUAGUGUAAAAAAGGAACCCAGUGAUACAAGUGGAAAUACUAAAGAAGGAAGCUCCAGCAAAAAAAGGAAACGAAGUCUCUCUCCGCCAUCCUUUUUAUCAGGUGAAACUGGUGAAAAGAAAGACAGUGGAAUUAUAACUAAGUCAAUCAGCAAAGAUGGUCUUUCGGAAAAAAGUCAUAAAGAGAAAUCAAAGAAACAGAAAGCAUCAACGCGAGAUCAAGUCUCAUCGAGUGCCACAGUCGGAAGCAAUAGUAACCACAAAGUGAAGGACGUUAAAAAGGAAUCAUCCACAUCAACAACAAUAAGUUUGACGAAUAACGAGAACACGGGUACAACAACACUGGAAAUCAAAUCUGUUAAAAAGGAGAAAACUUGGGACAGUGAAGUUAAGAAAUCAAGAUCUAAAGAACACAAAACUGACGAAGUGAAAUCAAGUCGGGAAAACGUCAGCAAAGACAGCAAUAAAAUCCAAGUCCGUGAUAAAGAGCUACUAAAAGAAAAGGAGAAAGAACAGCCCCAGCCCCAGCCACCAGAAAAAAAGGAAAAGGAAAAGAAUAAAGAGAAAUCAAGCAAAAAUCGUGAUCGAGACAGAGAUCGAGAUCGAGAAAAAGAUCGAGAAAAGGAUAAAGACAAGGAAAAAGAAAAGAGCAAAGACAAAGACAAAGAAAAACUAAAAGAUCGAAGUAAAGAUAAGGACAACAGCCAUGACGAUUCAUUCAGUCCUAAAGAAUCUACUGGUCCUAAAUUCGCUAAAUUCUCGAAAGAUAAAUACCAUGGUGGAACCUUGGUUAAUAACAAUCAUAACUUAAAUGCUAAUGUUAAUAGUUUAAGAGAUCCAAGUAGCAGUCCUGCUUCCAUAGUUAGUGGUUCAUUAACUCCUGGAGGGGGUGCUUAUCUCGGAGCUCCAUCAUCAGUCUCAUCUCUUAAUGGUCCUAUUACAACAUUAAUGGCUGAAAUGGACCAAGAAUCUUUACCUGUUUCUCCUUUAUCAAGUUGUGAUCCUCCUUCUCCGUUAACAUUUGGUUCUAAAGAUAAAGAUAGUUCAUCUGAUGAUGAACACCAUCAUAACGCCACAUCCAACAUCAGUAAUAUCAACCAUAAUAAACCUCAUCAUCUUAACAGCAAGAGAGAUGGACCGCCACCUCCAAUAAGGAACUUAAAUUCGUCUGAGAAGAACAAAAAUCGAGAACUGCCACAAAGUAUUUCUAAAAAAAGAAAAGAAACUCCUAGUAAUGCCAAACCAAUAGAGCCAAUGGAUGAAACCGAUAAUCAGUCAUCUCCUAAGCCAACCAUUUCCCGUGGACCACCUAAUUUAACUACAUUCGAUUUCGACUAUAUCAACCAACUCAAAGCCCUACACCGUAAAAUCAAUGACUUGAGAGACCGAGACAUUCUCCAGCGUAUCGUUGACAUAAUCGAGGAAACAGGUCUUUUCAGUAUGAAUAAUUCUGCAUUUGAUUUUGAUUUAAUGCAAUUGGACCGUAAUACUGUUCGUAAAAUAAGACAAUGUUUAAUCUCCACCUAAAUGUACAUACUUGUACUUAUGUAACAAUGUAAAUAAUUAAAUAAUGUAUCUGUGCAAUGUAAAAUUACUUGUUGCAGUAAUUUUCCAAUAAAUAUAUUUAUCAUUUAUAAUUCAUACAAAA